UAUACGCGUCACCGACGUGUGCUCUGCUCACGCCUGCGUUCCUUGGGGUAGGCAGCCAAGCAAGCUGCGGCUAGUUUCUGUGGAUUUCUGUCUCGCUUUCCCGUUCCACCUUUAUGUAGAGAGAGCUGCUGUAUGUAGUUUGUUCAGCGGUGGCAUCUUAAGAAGCUUCAUGGCAGAGAUGGAUAUAGACUGCAUGAUGGCCACUCUGGAGGACUUGACCCAGGAGGAAUUCAAUAAAUCCAGGACCUUGUUUCAUAAGAAAGGCAUUCCAUUCCGUGUGCUAGAGAAGGCUGAUAGAAUAGAGAUGGCUACAAUACUUAAUAAACACUGUUCACCGGACCACAUGAAGGUGCUUUUUGAUGUGCUGAAUUCCAUUCCCAGGAAAGAUCUUGUGGAGAAGCUCUGGAAAAAACAAAGGGCUGAAAAGGAGAAGGAAUGUAGCAGUCAAGAUGUUCAGACAGAUGGUGUGGAGCCACCAAGACUCAGUGAACCAGAAUCAUAUUGUGGUACAUACAGGCUUUCUGAUCUAGAAUACUAUGCUACAAACAAUCAAGACCAACUGAUAAAGCAACUAGAAGACCAGUUGGAACCCAAUGCAAUGGAGGAACUGAAGAAACAGUUGGCUCAGAGAAAGCUGAAACAUUCUUUUUUGUUCACUGCUAAAGAAUCAUAUGAACUGUUCAGUAACCAAGAUGUGGAAAGAUACCUGAAGGAUACCUUCAGUGGUAAGAAAUCACAAAAGAUACCUAAGAAAAUUAUUGACAUUUUGUUUUUUCUAGUUAAAAGCAAUAAGAAAAUAAAGGCCGUGGGUCAAAAAUGGAGUAAAGAUCACACUAAUUUCAAGCGGAAACUUCAGGAGAGUGAGUUGACAGAUAAACCAACCACUUCAAACCCUGCAAAUUCUACUGGUGAACAUGAGCCAAAGUAUCAAAGGAAAGAAUUGCCAGCUAAUGAAGAGAAAGAGAAUGCUCUGAUUCCCCAAAAUGUCAGUUUUCUGAAACAGAAUUAUAGAGAAGAAAGUGAAGCUGAAAUAGAAUAUGAAAGAAAGGAUAAGGAUGUCUUUUUGAGGACCAGUGAAAAUAAAGAUCUUGCUUUUGAGGAUUCUCAGGGUUCUGAAAGUGAGGUGCCUCAACUCAAGACAGAAAAUGAACUUUUCAAUGAUAUUAUCAGGAAGCAGCAAUCAUUCAUAGCCCAGAAUGAAAUAGAACCUGAAAUAGAAUAUGAAAGAAAUGAUAAAGAUUUCUUUUUGAGGACCAGUGAAAAUAAAGAACUUGCUUUUGAGGAUUCUCAGGGUUCUGAAAGUGAGGUGCCUCAACUCAAGACAGAAAAUGAACUUUUCAAUGACGCUAUCAGGAAGUGGCAUGAAAUGAAGGUGGGAAAAUCCAGUUUUGAUCACAUUGGUGUUCGUGAGCACAAAACAUGUAGCUGCUUCAUAGCCCAGAAUGUGCUCCUGUUCAGGUUAGCAGGAAACACAGAGUACAGACUUUUAAGGAUUCUACAAAAUAAAAAAGAUCUUACCCCUAAAAAAAAGCUGAAGAAAAAUGUGGAAUUUGAAUUGCAGUUUAACAUGGCUAUUCUGGAUGCUCCAAGCUCUGAUGUUAUAGACUGUAUGAGUGAUUUUUCUGACGUAAUUCAAAGUGAUAGUAGUUCUUUUGCAAAAUUUGAAAACUUUUUUAAAGAUGUUGUAUCUAAAAUUGUGCUUCCCCUUCUAGCUUUGUAUAAGCGCGUACAGGUAAAUAUUCCCCAGAAGGCCCUUGAAUGCUAUUGAGCAUAAUAAAUUAAUGAAACCUUUGAUCCAGAAGAAA